GUGUGUCGUGAAAAGUAGAAGCGUGUGCGUGAAUGAAAAUUGUUGUGUUGUGACUUUGUUGUGCGUUGACCUGCAAAAAUUUUUUUGAAAACUGCCUAAUUGCAUAAAAUUCGAUGACUUUAAGUGUACGUAAGCGCUAAUGGCAUCGUGUGUGGUGACAGUGCCAGGAUAAUUUUAGAUGCAACAAGAAGAAAACACCUUUGUGUAAGAUUUUAGUUGAAUGCUGCUAUGAUGUCUACGAGAAGCGGCCGAGUUAGGCCGUCUAUGGUGGAUUCUAGUCCACCACGAGGUAGGAAAGGAGUUUCGCCACCUCGAUCGCCUGCAAGAGGACGUAAAAGCUCGCCUCCUGCUAGGUCGCCCUCCCGCAAAUCCCCCGCGCGCAAAUCUCCGAGUCGUAAACCAGCGCCAAAGUUUCCCGCGCGAAAAUCCCCAUCGAGGUCAACAAAAGAUGCGCCCGAAACUGCUCCUAAAUCACCAGUGAAGCGACCUACCAUACCAGACGUGGAAAUAAAACUUCAAGAUAUUACUGGAACCAAAGAGACCUAUCGUAGCGUCCGUACGCGGCGCUCGGAAUAUUCCAUCAAAGAUUAUACUCCGGCGUUUACUGUUGACUUAACAUUGAACGGGUUGGAAAGUGAGCUGUCGAAAGAUGUUUACGGUCUUAGAAAUCGGAAACCGGUUGAGGAAGUCGCGCCGCGUAGAUCUAGUAGGCUACGGGAAUCCAGUAUCAAUGGAGCAGACAUCAGACGUAGCCAAUCAACCAGUAAAUCACUCAGUAAGUCGGUCAGCCAGUCGAUUGAUACAUUUUCUGAAGGUGAAAAUUCAGAAGAAGAUUACAAGAGAGGGAAAUCCAAGUCGGUGACUAGGAGAUUAGCUACUCCUUUGAGAGACAGUGUUAGCAGACUUGUGCAAGGAAGUAAGUGGGAGUUUGGAGGAAGAAUUGGAUCGUCUAUACUCAUCCUACUGUUACCAUUGACUGUGUUGUCAAUUCUGAUAUCUUGCACAAAAGUAUGCACAAUCCAGCCCCUGAAGAAUUGGCCUGCAUUGAAGAAUAUCUCACUAUGGUUCAGUUUAAAAUCAACUCUUAUCUACCUAGAUCAGGUAGUUAUACAGGCACUGUUGGCGCUGCUGCCAAUAUUAGGACCAAAAGCUGACAGAAUGGAUGAUUCCAAUAACACCUAUUGUUUCAAUGCCUUCUUUUCGAGCAUAAUAACCAUCAUAACACUUUUCUCCUUUGAUUUCUUUCAAAUUAUAGACAGUGACACAAUUUUGAAUGAUUACUUAAAACUGGCUGUUAUUGCAUACAUAUUUGCCUUGAUUCUGUCUGUUGCACUGUUCUUGAAAAGCCGUAAAAGUGAGAACUUAAACCCGUACGGAAACACAGGAUAUGUUCUUUAUGACUUUUGGAUGGGAAGAGAAAUACAUCCAUUCAUUAAGAAGCUUGAUGUCAAGAUUUGGAUUUCCAGGAUCUCCAAUAUAACUGCACUCAUUCUUUCAGUCCUGAUAUUCAAGCAAGGCUUUAAUCUACAGACAAAAGAAAACGAAGAAUUAAUUUUAACUCCUCAAAAUUACAAUGAAAUUUGGAAAAAGUUGCAAUUUCAACCGACCAUCAUUCUGUACUCAAUGAUGCAGAUCAACUACUUGUUGAACUUUAUAAUGAGAGAAUAUAGAGUGACUACAACUUUCUUCUGGCAGUCUGAAGGCUUGGGAUACUACCAAAUAGUUUCCAGUGCUCUCUAUCCAUUCUACUUCACAACCAUCUCUAAAUUUGUGGCCGAUGCAAACAUAACUUUGUCAAACAACAUCCUAAUCAUGGCUGCAGUCAUCUACAUAACUGGUUUUCUUUUGAUGAUGAUAAGCAACAACAUAAAGCAUGAAUUCAGGAAAAACCCUCUGCAACCAAGUGUGAUACAUCUGGACUCCAUGCCUACUUUCCAUGGGAAGAAGCUACUGAUCUCCAGUACAUGGGGCCUCCUCCGUCAUCCCAACUACUUAGGUGACAUCCUUAUCCACAUAGCGCUCGCAAUCCCUGGUAUAGUGUCUCAGCAUUAUGUGGCUGCUGCACCGGCUCUUCUGACAAUAGUAGUUUUACUGCACAGAGCUUGGAGAGACCACAGCAGGUGCCAAAGGCGCUACGGCACCGCCUGGCAGAGAUAUUGCAAAAAAGUACCCUCUGUAAUUUUGCCCAAGAUUCUAUAAUUCAUAAAAGUACACUAGUUACCAAUAAGCUUUUUUAUUUAAACAUCGGGAUAACCUUUUACUUGUUGUAAAAAGGUAUCUUAUUAGAUUAUUUUUUACUUUUAUUUUAGUAUGAAUUUGACAUAAUUAAUGAAAUUAAAUCAAUUUUGGUAUAUCCAUCACAAACAAUUGAUUAUUAUGUAUUUUAGUUUUAUAUUUUAUAGUUUUAGUCUAUUUAUAAGAUGGGUUAGGAGUAAUGAAAUAAGUUAAAUUUAAAUAUACUUGAAUGCAUUAUACUUGAAAACAAAUUUUUGCCAUUUUAGACCACCGUUUUCUCAAAUGUGACUUUUAGCUCUCUUAAAAAUGUAUUUAACUUUAUUUUUAAUUGUCAAUCUCAUUUUCAGUAUUUAAUAAUAUUUCUGUCAUAUACUUUUGAAUAGAUUUAAUUAGUAUUAAUAUAGUAUAGUAUACCCAAAGCAAUAAGAUCAAAUUUAUUGAUGCUCUUUUUUUAAUAAUUGUAUUUAAGGUUUUUGUAAUCAUGUUAAUGCCUUCACUAAUAUAAUUUUAAUAUUGGUAGAGGGAUUACAUCUCAUCUUUAUGAAUCUUAUGUUUACUAUAAAUUGCUUGAUGUAUAUAUUAGUGUUAUUUACAAUUACUUUCUUGGACCUUAACCCUUUGAUCGCCACAGAUGUCAUGUGGUGCAUCGACGUAGACAUUAUUAUGUCCUUGGCGGUCAAAGGGUUAAACACCUCUAUACUCUAACAACUGUCUUCCUUUAUAUCAUUUCACAACAGUGGUAGUUGACUGCCUACCAAUGAUCAAAAUAUCAGUAUCUGUAUUAAAAUCUUAACCUACUGCAUUUAUUAAUAAUUUUCUGUACUAUCAUUCAUUAAAACGCAUUUUUUUUUCAGUGAUCUUGUUAUCUGAACAAUUCCCGUUAAAUUUGUACAUUUGGAUCAUGUCUCCGAUUUUGAUAAAAAUGAUGCUGAGCAAGAUCCACUAG